AUGAAGAGAUCUCCUACUGACCUUCAUGCCAAGACUUUCUGGACUUGGCCGUACAGAAACGUUCUCCGCACUAGCGAGUUGGAUCAGGUGUUCCUGGGACAGGCCGUGCAGGCGACACAGGGCACGCCAGGUCAGAUGGCGACGACAGACGAGAAGCCCCGACUGAUGCCCGGCUUGUUGCUCAAGACGCCGGAACGGGCGCAGUGCCCAAGUCACUCUUCCGAGAGUGGGCUCAUGACCUCGACCUGUGUCCCGGGAGAAGUGUCAAAGGACCCCAGGCAGCGCUAG